AGUCCUGGCGGCCGCCGAGCGAGCCGCGCGGUGUGGCUUCUCUCUAGCUCCAGUACCGUACCGUACCGGAUACUGUAUGUUGGAGCGCACUGCUGUUCCCCGCCUCCGAUAUCGUAGGGCUUCAUUAGACAAAAUAAGUCUACCAUCACUGAGACUUUGAGAGGAAUUUGAUAUUCUGUCCUUUGUCCUGUUUCUCAAUUUGGAUAGAUCUACUGACUGUCUCGUCUUAAUUUUCCAGCACUAGAUGCAGCAGUCAUGCCAUCUUUCAAAGUUGCUGACAUCAGCCUGGCAGAGUUUGGCCGCAAGGAGAUGGAGCUUGCAGAGAAUGAGAUGCCUGGUUUGAUGGAGAUGAGGAAGAAGUAUGGACCCAGCAAGCCACUCAAAGGUGCCCGUAUUGCUGGAUGUCUUCACAUGACCAUUCAGACGGCUGUUCUCAUUGAAACUCUCACAGAGCUUGGAGCUGAGGUCCAAUGGUCCAGUAGCAAUGUAUUCUCCACCCAGGACCAUGCGGCUGCUGCCAUUGCGAAGUCGGGGGUGCCAGUCUAUGCCUGGAAGGGUGAGACUGAUGAGGAGUUAGUAUGGUGUAUAGAGCAGACAUUGAUGUUCAAGGAUGGUCAACCCUUAAACAUGAUUCUUGAUGAUGGUAGUAACUUGGUCUCCUUGAUUCACAAGAAACAUCCUGAAUUGUUAAAAGGUAUCAGAGGUGCUUCUGAAGAGACCACAGCUGGCAUACACAGUCUUAAUAAGCUUACAAAGGAAGGUAGUCUUAAACUGCCUGUCAUCAACGUGAAUGACUCUGUCACAAAGAGCAAGUUUGACAACCUGUAUGGCUGUCGUGAAUCUCUUGUCGAUGGCAUCAAGAGGGCGACGGAUAUCAUGCUUGCUGGCAAGAUCUGUGUAGUUGCUGGUUACGGUGACGUGGGCAAAGGAAGUGCCCAGUCCUUGAGAGCUUUCGGUGCCCGUGUACUCAUCACAGAGGUGGAUCCCAUCAACGCUCUUCAGGCUUCCAUGGAAGGUUACCAAGUUACAUCCAUGGAAGAGGCCUGCAAACUGGGCCACAUUUUUGUCACAACCACUGGAUGUCAGAAUGUCCUAAGUGGCCACCAUUUCCUAGAGAUGCCUAAUGAUGCCAUUGUCUGCAACAUUGGACAUUUCAGUACCGAGUUUGAUGUGUCAUGGUUGAACAGAAAUGCAGUUGAGAAGGAUACCAUCAAACCACAGGUAGACCGUUACAAGCUGGAGAAUGGCAGACACAUUAUUGUUCUAGCCGAGGGCAGCCUUGUUAAUUUGGGCUGUGCCAUGGGACACCCCAGCUUUGUCAUGUCUACAUCCUUCACGAACCAAGUCCUGGCCCAGUUAGAGAUUUGGACCAAUACUGGGGCCUAUGGUGUUGGUGUCCAUCGGCUUCCCAAGAAGCUUGACGAAGAAGUUGCCCGUCUUCAUCUAGAUCACCUCGGGAUCAAACUGACCUGUCUUACAGAUUCUCAGUCCAAGUACCUUGGAAUUCCUAAAGCAGGACCCUACAAACCUGAGCACUAUCGGUACUAG